AUGGAAACAAGUUACAAAGGUGGCAAUAUGACUACAUGCUUUCUGAUACCCCCCAAAGUUAAUUCUCCUGGAAUUUUGGCAAGCGGGAAUCUCACAAAAAUCCUUACAUACACAAUGCCACAUCUAGAGUUGCAGUUGGCUCUCAUUUUCACCAUCAGCUACUCAAUUCAUUACUUUCUCAAGCGUGUUGGAGCCUCCUUGUUUGUCUCUUGCCUUCUUGCGGGCUUAAUUCUUGGUCCGACAUGUCUUGGGAGAUAUGAAACAAUGAGGAAAGUGUUAUUUAAUCAUGAAAGCCAAGAUAUGAUAAAUACAGCAGCACGGUUUGGUUUCAGCAUGUUCUUGUUUCUGAGUGCAGUGAAGAUGGAUGCGGGAAUGAUUCUUAAAACGGGGCACAAGGCCUUGUCUAUUGGUAUCUUAGGCAUGGUGGUACCUUUGGCAUUCAGUGUGGUUUAUGAAAAAUUAUAUAGAGAUGAUUUUCCAGAGGAAAAUGAACGUAUUGCAAAUUUGCGUGCUAUGGUAAUACAAUCUUUCACCAGCUUCCCAGUUAUUGCCUGCCUUGUUGGUGAACAGCUCAAAAUCACAAAUUCAGAACUUGGUCGACUAGGACUUUCUUCAGCAUUAGUUGCUGAUACUUUGGGAAAUUUUGGCACAAUUGUUUUAUCCUUGGUCAAGAGAACUAACUUGUUCUUCGCUAUCAAAAAUGGUAUACCAUUGCUUAUCUAUUUUUUAGUUCUAGUGUUCAUAAUCCGGCCUGCAAUGCUCUGGGUGAUUAGAAGGACUCCUGAAAGAAAACCUAUCAAUACCUCCUUCAUUCACCUCACUGUGGCACUAGCCAUUGCAUCUGAAGUUUAUUUCCAUUUUGUGGAUCAGAUGCAGUUCUUGGGUCCUUUUUUCUUUGGGUUAGCUGUACCUGCUGGAGCUCCGCUAGGAUCUGCUUUGGUAGAAAAGUUCUCUCCCUUUAGCAUAGGUGUACUUUUGAAUCUCCUGGUUACUACAUCAAUGAUGAGGGCAGAUCUAUGGCUUAUCAUUUCUCAAAUCACCAAGUUAAAAACAUUCACGACUGCCAUUUUAUCGAUUAAUGCAGUCAAAUUGCUGGCAUUCUUGACUCCUUCAUUGUUUGCUGGCAUGCCUUUAAUCGAUUCUGUGGCUCUUUCUCUCAUUAUGAGUUACAAAGGCGUAGUUGACCUCGCCGUUGCUGAUGUUUUCAGGGACACUCAGACCAUGAACGAAGAGGUUUUUGCCCUUACAGCUUUCUCCAUUUUAUGCAAUGCAACCAUUGUUCCAAUUCUUGUGAAAUUGCUCUAUGACCCUUCAAGGAAAUACGCAGGCUAUCAAUCCAGGAAUAUCAGUAGUUUAAAGCCUAACUCUGAGCUACGAAUUCUCGCUUGCAUUCACAGACCUGAUAAUGUAGAUUCUGUCAUAAAACUAAUUGAUGUCUGCCACCCUACCAAAGAGAGUCCCAUCAGUAUUUUUGCCCUUCACCUCAUCAAGUUAGUUGGGAGAUCAACCCCAGUUCUACUCUGCCACCAAAAACAGAAGCCAGUUUCUAACUCGUCCUCUCAACAAGUCAUCCAUGCUUUUAAUCUAUAUGAGCAGACUAAGUGGGACACUGUUUCAGUGCAGACUUUUACAGCAAUAUCUUCAUCCCAGUUAAUGCAUGAAGACAUAUGCACUCUUGCUCUUGAUAAACGCACACCUCUUAUACUAGUCCCGCUCCAUCGAACAUGGUCUAUUCAUGGGACGAUUGAUUCUGAGGAUCAAAACUUAAGGGCUCUAAACUGUAAGGUUCUUGAAAAAGCUCCUUGCUCUGUGGGGAUCUUUUUCGACCGUGGCAGGCUCGGACGCAGAAGCGUUAAGGCAUCAUCACAUGUGUCAGUUGUUUCUCUUUGUAUGAUCUUCUUCGGAGGCGGUGAUGAUCGUGAGGCUUUAAGUUUAGCUAAACGCAUGGUUAGGAGCUCAAAUGCAAGCCUGACAGUGAUCCAUUUCGUUGCUAACGACAAUAAAACGAAAUCAUCAACAGAAGAUAAAAUGCUAGACGAUGAAGAGUUGGAGGGUUUGAAACAAAUCUCUGCUAGGAAUGAAUCAGUAGUAUACAGGAAGUAUGAGGUGAAUAAUGGACCUGAAACUGUGUUAAUUAUUCGUUCCUUUGCAAAUCUUUAUGAUCUUUUCCUAUUGGGAAGACGAUUUGGGAUUGUAUCCGCUCACACAACAGGUCUAUCUGAAUGGAGUGAACUUCCAGAGCUGGGUAUAUUUGGAGACUUUUUUGCUUCCAAGGAUCUCAAGACUAGAGCUUCUGUUUUCGUGGUGCAAAAACAAAAACAAAUUAAUAGGCUUAGAUAG